GAGGAGCUUUGCACUCAUCGUGUACUUGAAGGCUAGAACCGAACCGACAUGUGACAGAGAGGAAGACAUCGGUUCUUGAAAGUCACAUUUAGUUUAGCGAGCGGGGGAACUGAAGUUGCUGCGAAAUGUCAUUCGCCGCGUGGUUGCUUUUAUGUGCCAUGUGUUGGUCCGUCUCUUCAGGCGAGGACGUGUACAUGGCCCGAGCGCUGAAGCUGAUGUCUGAGACGCCGCUCAUCGACGGCCACAAUGACCUGCCUUGGCAACUGCGCGAACAAUUCAACAACCAGCUCAACAAUGUGGACCUAAACACUCUGGCAACAACACACACGAACAUACCAAAGAUCAAGACGGGGCGACUGGGAGCGCAGUUCUGGUCGGCCUACGUGCCCUGUGAGUCUCAGUACAAAGAUGCCGUGCGACAAACACUGGAGCAGAUUGACGUGGUACACAGGAUGUGUCAGAAAUACCCAAACGCCUUCAUGUUUGCCACCAGCAGCCAAGAUAUAAUGGAGGCGUUCAAACGCAAUAAGACGGCCAGUCUGAUUGGAGUGGAGGGGGGUCACUCAAUCGACAGCAGUCUGGGCAUUCUGCGCACUUUCUAUCAAUUGGGUGUCCGCUACCUUACGCUCACACAUUCCUGCAACAUACCCUGGGCUGACAACUGGCUUGUGGACACUGGAUCAGAACCAUCACAACACAACGGCCUGUCUCCAUUUGGCAAGCAAGUGAUCGCAGAGAUGAACCGUCUGGGGAUGCUGAUCGACUUGGCUCAUGUGAGUGUACAAGUGAUGAACCAGGCGUUGGACAUGUCCAAGGCGCCCGUCAUCUUCAGCCACUCCUCCGCCUUCGCUGUCUGUCAGCAUAAGAGAAACGUUCCCGAUGAGGUCCUCAAGAGGGUGAAUGAAACGAAAGGAAUCGUAAUGGUCAACUUCUACAACGACUAUGUGAGCUGCUCUCCCACCGCAACCAUCGCCGAUGUUGCCGAUCAUUUUGACCAUAUAAGGAAAGUGGCAGGAGCUGGCAUUAUUGGUUUCGGUGGCGACUAUGAUGGCGUUGAACGAGUUCCCGAGGGUCUGGAGGACGUGUCCAAGGUCCCAAGUCUGGUGGCUGAGCUGUUAAGAAGAGGGUGGUCGGAUCAGGAUCUCAAGGCCGCUCUGGGGAACAAUUUGCUUCGUGUACUCAAACGAGCGGAGGAGGUCCGCGACAGCCUGAGCAAGCAGAGUCCUGAUGAUGUUCCCAUCCCGUUGGAUGAGGUGAAGAAUCCGUGCAGAACAAAUGAUGGCUAUCCCAACGAUGGGGCGUCCCCGUCGCUCAGCGUCGCGGCUCUUCUUCUCCCGCUGGCUUUACAGACCGUCGUCUAACGACGCGCUUCAUCGGGGAUCUCCCGCCUUCGCCGUUAUGCUUGGUUAGUUUGUGGAAGCGCGUUUAUGUUGCUUCAUGGGAUGAAUGUCAUAUGUUCUGGCAGAACAGUUCUUCGGGAUAGCUGUCUUAUUCGUUUUCCCUGCGACGGCCUCUGAAGUCAUCCGACGCACACGCAAUGAAAA